UAGGGUCUUCGGUAUGUGUUGUAAGUGUAACUUGUAAUAGUAAUGACUUGUAUUUGUUAAGAAUAACAACUGUUUGGUGAAAGAAAGUUUCAGAUAAGCACGGAAGACGGUGUUCAAGAUCUGGAACUAUGAUUGAAAGUAAUUUCUCAGAUGAUGUAAGUUCUGGGUCCCAGUGUGUUGAUUUUCCAAGCUUGCUAGCUGAAAUGAAAGCUCAGAAUUUUGAUGUUAUCAGAUUUGCAACGUACCGCACAGCAAGCAAGCUGCGAUUUAUUCAAAAGAAAACAAACCUUAAUUUGCUUGAUAUCUGGAACAUCAUUGAAGCCUUCAGAGAAAAUAGUUUGAAUACUUUGGAGUCUCGGAUGGAAAUAAAUAUAUCUCGGCUGGAAACAUUGUUAUCCUCCCUCUUUUACCAGCUCAACAAACGACUGCCUGCAAGCCACCAAGUAGACAUUGACCAGUGUACUUCAUUGUUAUUGAACUGGAUUCUGCUGAUGUAUGACCGGGAAGACAAUGGAAAAGUAAGAGUUUUUUCUGUGAAAAUUGCUUUAAGUAUCAUGUGUUCGGGGAAGUUAAUGGAUAAGCUUCGAUAUGUAUUUUCCCUUUUGUGUGAUGCCAGUGGAUAUCUUGUGUACAGCAAGUUUGUUGAUUUUUUGCAAGUAGCCUUGGCACUACCAUCUUCAGUUUUAGAAUCUCCAACUUUUGCAUACAGUGAUAGUUUACCUGGAACUAUCUUUGAUGGGUCAAAAGUAACAGUGAAUGAUUUCCUUCAUACCUUGAUGUCUGAUCCUGGACCACAAUGUUUGAUUUGGCUUCCUCUGCUUCAUCGAAUGGGUAGUGUAGAAAAUGUUCUCCACCCUGUUCAAUGUGAUGGGUGCAAUAGAGAAUCUUUCCUUGGGUUUCGGUAUAAGUGUCAACGAUGUUACAACUAUCAGUUGUGUCAGGAUUGUUUCUGGAGGGGUAGAGUGUCUGGUAGUCACACAAGUCAACAUGAGAUGAAAGAAUACACAAUCUAUAAAUCUCCUACAAAACAACUAAGCCAUUCACUAAGAAAAUCCUUCAGAUGCGUGCCAGAAAAACAUGGACAAGGAAUCCCAAGGUUUCCAGAUGAACCAGAGCCUACACUUAACCUUUCUCACAUUGUGCCACCUUCUCCUAUACCAAGCCGGAAUGGACUAUUUGACUUAAAUAAUUCUUAUGAUCUUUCCUCUUUGGACAGUCGUUCAGUCACUAAAAGCCCUUUGCGACACACACUAAGUCUAGAGUCUUCCCGAGUUGAUGAUGAGCAUCGUCUUAUAGCCAGAUAUGCUGCUCAACUUGCUGGUACUCAGCCUACUACAAGAAGCCCAUCAGACUUGAGCCUUAACCUGGACAUUUUGAAACAACGAGAAUUGAUAUCUCAGUUAGAAGCCAAAAACAGGGAAAUAAUGCGUGAGAUCAUGAGGUUACGUAAGCAGCAAGAACAGGAAGAUGCAGCUCUGAAGUCGGAACAAAACCCCACCUUAUUAGCUGAACUCAGAGCUUUGCGGCAGCGUAAGGCUGAACUGGAGACUCAUUUAUCUAACCUCCAAGAAAGUCGACGGGAACUUAUGGUGCAGUUAGAGGGUCUAAUGAAGCUACUAAAGAACCACCAGUCUUCUCCUCGCUCCACUCCUAACAGUUCUCCACAUUCUGGCACCUCUAAAUCUCCUCCAUUAUCUACGGUAUAUCCAUUGUCUUCCUCACGGAGUGCACCUACUACCCCAGGUAGUGGGGCUCCUACCACAGACAGUCUUACUGGUGUUGGAGGAGAUGUGCGGUUAGCAUUUGGCCAGUCAGGAAGUUCUCGAUGUCUUCCAAAUGAUCUCCUUGUAGCAGCAGACUCAGUGACAAAUGCUAUGUCCUCACUUGUUAAGGAGCUUAACUCUGGCUCUGAAGAUGAAGGAGAAAAUGGGAGCAGAAAAGUGAUUAAAAGUGGCAGGGGUUUUGAAACUGAAGGAUCAGAGUGUGCCACAGAUAGUUUUAAAGUGGGUGGAACACUGUGGAGGGAAGAAAGGCAGUGGGAACAGGAAAGUCAUUUUCUUGCAGAAUUAGAAUCUAGAAAGUUACACACAGGUAAUGGAAAAAGCAGUCACCAGAGUUUAGAUCCAAGAACUGAAGAUGACAAUGAAGAAUUGUAUGACAAUGAUCCAAGGGACCUUGCCCACUUCCAUCGUCAUGCAUCACUUACUACAGAUGAUGAAAGUUACGUCCGUACAGAUGAUGAAGAAGGAGGAAACACUGAUUGGGAAGAGACCAUGAGAAGAUGGGUGAAUCGCUAAGAAAAUUAUGCUACUUAUUCAUGAGGAGUUUCAUCAUUCAGUCAGUGCUGCAUAGUAAUUGUCUUAUUGUUCCUUUGAAAUGUAAACAACCUUCAUUAUACUUUGCAAUCCCAAGUAUUUUUUGCUUUCUUAAGAGUCAUGUAAUUACAUAAAAAUAUACUUAUGCUCUAUCGUCUUUUGUAUUGCUUAUUUGAAAGCUUAUUAUGGAAUAUUACAAGAUAGAGUAUUUUAUUCUGUUUGUCAUGGUUGAAAAACAAAUAGUAUGCAUUACUGUACAUGUUUACAUGUAUGAAUGCAUACAUAUAUAUAUAUACACAAGUCAGUAAAAAGAAACAAGGAAUCAGAAUUUGUGAAAUUCAUAUGAACAUAUCAGGGUUUGUACCAGUGUAUACUCUUUUAGAACAUUAUUCCUGUCAUGCUUAUUUUCAGUGUAUUUUCUUAAAUUAGAUAUAUUUAGUUUAAUUUGUGUGAGAAAUGUAUGUUUAUAAAGUUCUGGUCUGUAUGUAAUGAGACGGUGUUGUUUGUUCGUAAGUUUGAAGUUAGUAAAGUUCUUGUCUUUGUUUGGUGAGACAACAUUAAAUACUGUUUUCAUGCUAUAAGUGUGAUGUUAAGAAAAGUUUUAUGUUUGAUGAGACGAUGUCAAAUGCCACUGAUGUUGUAAGUUCAAUGUUAGGAAACUUUUGGUUCUUGUUUGAGAUUUCUUGAAAUGCUGUUUAUGUUACACGAUAGGUAUUAGCAAUUUGUUACCUCUAUGUAACGAAACAACGUGAAACUUCAGAAAGAAAAAAAAAACCUUCAACAGUAGUAGUGUGUAAGGCAUGUUGUAAGUGUAAUUUUUUCUCAUAGUGGUUUAUUAUUGACAAAGUAACUAUUUCUUUGCAUUUAAAGGAUGUUUUUUGUUUGUUUAUUCUGUUUCCACCAUGUAACUAUAAUUGAAAUAUGUAGUUUAUGCUAAAUUAGGAAAGGAAAGCGUAUUGUAACAAAUUCUUAACACCCAUGUAGAAGCAUGUCAUUUUUAUGAUUCUUCUCUUGUUUUUUUAAGUUGCUGUUCUUCUGUUUUUGAGUUCAUAUGCGUUUCCAAUCUAUUCCUGCCAGAUCUAGUUGAGCUGUACAUCUAAUCACAUAGUGUAGUGGCUUCUUCCUUCAAACCUCAAGACCUUGCCCAUUUCCAUCAUCAUGCAUCACUUACUAGUGAUGAUGAAAGUUAUGUCUUGGAGUAAAAGAAUUGUAAUUGGUUGGUUAUGAUUAAAAUAUGUGUUAAAAUUUACACUACAUUGGGAAAGGAAAAAAUAUUGUAACAAAUUCUCAACACUUGUUACUUUGAUUUUAUCCUUGAUAGUGGAGAAUCUUAGUAAUUGUUCUUAAUUAUUUUUAUUUGUGGGUGGAAGUUAAUCUGAAUUCUGAUUUUAUGUAAUUAUGACAAAUUUAGAUGUUUUUCCAGUCUAAUUUUUAUGAGUUAUAUAAAUGAAAAUAUUAAGAUAUUACAAUUAGUAAUUAAACUUGUUGGGAAAAAGUUUUAUGCCAUAAUGGUGCUUUUAAAAGCUUAGAUCUGCCUGUUUUUUCUCAUGCAUGUAUAUUUUAUUUAGUUGUUUCUUGCUAGAGGUUAACUGGUAUGUAGCCACCAACACAUACUAGCUAAGACAAACCUUCUGUUUGAAUAUUAUAGAUUAUUAUUUUAUUAAUAGAUGCUUUUAGAUAGAAAUUUAAGGGGUUAUUACCUUACAUAUGUAUUAAUUAACCCUUUAUGACAUCGUGAUUUUUAUUAAUCGUGGUCCUGUAUAUUAAUCCAUUUAAACAGGCAUACUAGUCGUUAGGCCUAUUGAUUAUAUGUUUGUUAUUUGUAAGGUUAUACCAGAUGUUUGUGAAAGUUUACCAUCUCAUAAAUAGUAAAUUGUGUAUCUUUUACUGAAUGUUUUCAUAUAUUAUGUGGCCACUAACUGAAAUUUUGUACCAACUGGUAAUUUGUCAACCUAACAAUAUUUUUAACUUUUGCGGCUUUUCUAUUUUCAAAUUGGUGUAGAUGAACAAAACAACUGGUUUGGUUUGGUGUCCACUCAUAGAAAGAAAUAAUGAUUUAUUCUUUGAACUACUUCUUAUUUCAGCUUGUUACAAAACUACAUGUUCAUUUACCUUUCAAACCCUACACAAUACAUACUAAAGGUGCAAAAUAUGAUGAUACAUGGAGAGCAUAUUAGAUCACAGAAGUUGUCAGGACCUAUUAAGAAAGCCAAUAAUUCAUGCAAGGUAGUUCUUCCUUCAUUAUAGGAAAGGAAAGACGGCCCACUUUCUGAAGAGCACUUAGGUUAUUCAAUUUACUUACUUGUGUAUAAUACUAUUUGGUCUGGUAAUCAUUAUGGGUAUUAUUAUUGCAAAGGCUAGUGUUUUUUCAUCAUUAUUCAUUUAUCUACUUCACUAAUUUGUAACAUUAUCUAAUAAUCACUCAUCAUGCAGCCAUAAUUGUUUUGUGUGUGUGUCACUCUCUAUUACCACAGUUGUGACACUUAAAAGAUAUUACCAUGAAUUGAGAUUUAGUGUAGAAUGUUUAAUUACCAGUCUUUUUUUUUUAUUGAACGUAGUAUUAUCUGAAGAUCAGUGUAAAAAUUUAGAACUUUUCUGUGAUGGUGAUCUUUUCAAAAAGGUGGAAGUCUUUCUGAAAUCAGUCACACUUUAAAAUGAUGAUAUACAAAAGAAAAGAAUACAUAAUUUAAAAUACUGGUUAAAUUGAUAAUAGGUUCAGGAUAUUUUUAAGAAACUGUUGCCCCCCUUUUACCUAUACACUAGUUUAAGAAAUAGGUUUAAAACAAAAUAUUAGCCAUUUGGAGGGGUGGAGCAGGAAUAAAGAGAUCUGUUAUAAUUGUUUAAAGAAACUAAGCAAAAAAAUGUGUAACUGUUGCUAUGUGUGUUCAUGUAUUGGUUGUUAAAUUGUCCAUGAUCAUCUACAUAUCCUCUUGUGCCUCACCACUUACAAGACAAAAGUACAAACCCUUAGGGCAAAUGACACUUGUAGUUUUUAAAUCUUGGAGUGAAAGAUUGUAAUUGGUUGGUUACGGAAUACAUUUAAUGUACUGGGAUGAGUUGAGUAACUGGGAUAACAGGUUAGAAUUACAUUAAACUUACAACACUAAAAUCCAGGGUGUGAUUCCCAGCAAUGGACAAGAGCAUACAUAGGCAUUGUGUAGCUUUGUGCUGAAGAAAACUAAUAACAUUGUAAUGAUUAAAUAUGUUGUGACCAUUAAAGUGUUGUAAGGGUAAAAGAUGUAUUGUGAUUGUUACAGGGUUUAAUAUCACAGUCAUAAAAUACAGUUUACUUUGUUAUGUGUGUUAGAUUUCUUUUUAUACUUCAUAUUUGUAUCAUUUGUCAAUUCUGGUUUAAAAUUGCAUACUACUUUCAAACAGGAAAGGUGUCUGGGUUAAUAUUACAUACUUUAGUAUGUUCUGAUGAAGAAACAAAUUUGUUUUAUUACAAACAAAAUUUGCUGAAUUAUAAUUUAUAGAUUGAAGAUCUAUAUUUUAUGCAUAUAAAGUUCCAUGUCUACAUUACUUCCAAUUUGUACUAUUAUUGUGUUUGACCAAGUAUUAUGAAAGAUUAGUUUGUUUGAGUAGUGAUACAUUGCACAUGGAUGGCCAGCUUUUUAGGUAGUAUUCCAUAGCUAUCACUUGAUUAGAAAUUUUUAGUGACUUUUUCCCGUUGGUUUAGUCUUAUGGUAGGUCCAUUUACUUCUUAUUAUUGAUGAAGUUGUUAUUACCAUGGAAAGUCUCAUCUGGUGUUUCUUAUGUAGUUAGUAAGCAAGUAAACAUAAAAUUCUAUCCUAUAAGGGCUAAUGUGCAACUCUACAGAACAGUAGGUAAACUGUAUCGAUACACAUCAGAAGAAAGUGUACUGUGAGCUGGCAUUAUGUAUGAUUGGUUGCUCUAUUGUACGUUGACCACAAAAUGAAGAGCUUAACAAUUACACAUUUAAAAAGGUAGCAAUCAGAGUGUGAAUAGGGUGGUAACCACAGAAUGAAGUGAGUAGCAAUCACAAAAUGAUAUAUUUUGGACAAUUAUCAUUAGUCAUGAAAAAUGACUGAUUCUGUAACUGAGAUCACAAGCAUUAUUUAGUGCACUUAAUAAUUCUAGUGAUUUAGUUAUCAAAUUUGGCAAUAGAUUCAUCUGCUAUGAUUUUCUACAAAAUGUUCUAGUCAAAGUAAGAAGUAUUAAAAUGUUAGAGGAAUAUCUAGGGCCCAUAUUAUUUAGUUUUAUACUUGCUAACAUUGGCUUUAUAAGUGGUUAGUAAACAUAGUACACGGAUUCUCCUUGGCAGAUAGAACUUUUGUAAUUUAAGGUUAUAUUCAUUGCACAAUGUUUCACUUCAUAACACCAAUAUAACUAAAGAACUUAUAACAUUGCAUUUUCCAAAUUUUGUUUGUUUUGAGGUGUGAUAGCCAAACCCAGUGUUACUGUUUAAAUGUUUUUAAAAAAAUGGAAACAGAAACCUUUCUGGAUUCAUUACCAGGCAGAAGUUUUAACCAAUUGACCUGUUGAACCUACUGAAAGCCACAUCUCUGUUUUCAUUUCAUCAGUUUGGUAGAACUCUUGAGCUGUGACAAUCAGAUUAUAAAGCCCAGAAUCCAUUUAUUUCCCACUGGGUAUCAAUUUUGAAGGCACUGACAGAAAAACCAAAAGCUUGUAAUUAAAACAAGUUGUGAAAUCUUGAGGUUUUCAUUGUUUCAAAGUUAUAUUUUCCAACCAAGCAUCUUUAGCCAUGAUAUUUCUAAUUUUACAGUAUGAGAAGGACCAUGUUAAUACUACCAUCUUGUAUGAACAUUGUUUGUACAUCAACUAACUUCACUUGAACAAAAUAACAAAUCUAUUGUUGUGUUUAUAUACAUUUCACCUCUUAGUUUACUGAUAUUUGUGUGGGAAUAGUAUUUUGCAUCCCUGCCAUUUGGCAGUUUUAGUUAACAAGAAGAAGGUGUUACUAUACUCUUGUUGUGGAAAAGAUUAAAGCAUAUUAUUAUCAAAAUUACAUUAUUAAUAUUUAUUUUGGAGGUUAUUUUAAAUGCAGGAAUAAUUCAAAAAACUUUUAUUUAUGGGCCAGAUUCACAUAACAUUAUCUAUUACAAGAUUUGAAGCUCAUUCGUACCUUAUUUGUCAGGAGAAAAACAUUUUAAAAUCAGAGUUUAAAAUGUCUCUCACUUGAAGAACUUGUAAAUGUUGUAAUCAAUUUUUUUUUUGUUCCCUGCAGACAAUAUUGUCCCUAUUGCAUGUCAUAGUUCACUAAAACUGAAAUAAAUGGCUAACCCUCUAGCAAAUAUUAGUUAGGCACUUUUUUAACAAUUCUAACUACAUUCUUUUUUCUUAUUAAAAAAAAAUGCCCUUGGGUCUCGGCCCGGCAUGGCCAGGUGGAUAAGGUGCUCGAUUCGCAAUCUGGGUCGCGAGUUCG